AUGAGCCAAGAAGACUACAUCGACCCACUCAUCGCACUCGCACCCACCCCAGCCAACCUAUCGAGACUAGCAGCAAACCAGAACCACCACGAACAGAUCUCCAGGGUCUUCACCACCGCCUAUCUCAGAGCAGCCAGCACCGGGGACAGCGACCUGCUCGAAUGGCUGCUCUCAACAAACAGACAGCAGCAGACCACCCCCCCUGACGGUCAAACCACCACCACGACCAGCCCGAUCCUCAGGCAGGGCCAGCCGAGACAGUGGAUCGAGCUCGACGCCAGGGACGAAGACGGCUCGCCGGCUAUCAUCCUCGCCGCUGCAUUCGGACAUGCCGAGGCAGUCAGGGCCAUCGUGGACGGGCUGGGCGACCAAGUCGUCGACAGGAGAGAUGCUGUCGGCUGGACCGCCCUGCACUGGGCUGCCCGGAACGGCGACCUGACCAUCGUCUCAUACUUGCUCAACCAUGGCGCAUCCACCUCGCUCGUCUCAUUCACCGACCGGCUCCCAUCCGAACACCCCUCCUCAACCCUCCCCUCCCACCUCCACAGCCGCGUCUCCUCAUCCUGCUCCACCUCCACCUACGCCGGCUCAGACACCCGCUCACUCGCCCCAAGCGACCACGACUCCGCCUCCACCACCACCACCCCACGCCGCCAUCCCAAGCGGAGGCGGCGGACCAGGGCUCGCGGGCUCCGGCCCUACGAUCUCGCCAAGAGGGACGAGCAGGGAGAGACGAUCCGGGAAAUCCUCAGGAUCGCUGAACAGGCUAAAUCAUCAUCAUCAUCAACAGCCACAACCUCCAACCUCAACCCACACUCUCGGUGUAACUCUCAAGCCUCGAUACGCAGCCUCAGACUGGCCGAGAUCCAGUCCGAGGCCGACCUGGCGAAAUCUGAAGCCAAGAAGAUCAUCCAGCUCGCCAGACUAGCCUCCAAAACACUCGAGAUCGACCCCAGCCUACUAGGACUAGAGCCCGAUCCGGCCACCGAGAACAAACCCACCCACCAUCAUCCUAGCCUUCAUACACAACAGCAGCAACAGCAGAGCCAGCCGACGAUCAGUGGUCUCAUGGCCAGCUUUCACGAAGAAUGGGAGCAGGAGCAGCGCGCAGAAGAGUUCGAGUGGGAGCACUGCCAGCCGGACCAGAUGCUCGUCUGCUCACUCGAAGAACUCGAAGGCAUCUUCGAGGCGGUCAUCAGGACCAUCGAGCCUCGCCAGGCCAGAUCGGACCGCUCGGUGCCCGCGAACGUCCUGUUCUUCUGCGCCCGUUUUGCAGCCCACAUGGGGCCCAUCGAACUACUAGAAGAAGUCUUGCUAGGCGCCGUCGAUCGGAUAGAGGAAAUGAUCUUUGCUCGCCAGGAGAAUAUGGCCAACUCGACCUUCUGGCUGUUCAACGCAAUCUGUUUACUGUACUACAUCAGACGAGAACCCUUGCUAAAGGAGCUGACAGAGCCAGACAUCCAGCUGCACCUCGAAGACCUGGUAAACGAGAUCUACGUGUUUAUCAUCCGGGAUGCCGAGCGGCGGCUGGACAAGCUGAUCGACUCGACCAUCCUCGACUUCGAGCCCCUGCCGGAGAUGGCCGUCGAGUUCGAGCCCGAAGGCUCCUGGCGCUUCGUCCGCGCACUGACUGUCAAACGCAACCGGACCACCUCCUUCAGACCCUCCAUCCCUCGCUUCAACACCAAAGACUCGACCAGCAGCGAUAGUCCUGCCCUCCUCCCCGCCAAACCACCCAGCUCGGCUCUCAACCCGCCCAGCUUGUUGUCUGGACACGGCCCCCGAACAACGAGCGCACCCCACCACCCCUCCUCCCCAUUCUCCCAACCACAACCACACCGGCAACACUCAUCACUAUCACCAUCAUUAAAAAGCCCCAAGCUGAUCACCGAUCUGCUCUCGUCGGUGCUCUUUGUGCUCCAAGCGUACGAGAUCCACGGCUCGGUGAUCGUGCAGAUCUUCUCGCAGAUCUUCUACUGGCUGGGAUGCGAGACAUUCAACCGGAUAAUCUCGCGACGAAAGUAUCUGUGUCGGUCGAAGGCGAUGCAGAUCAAGCUGAACGUGACUUCGAUCGAGGAAUGGGCGCUCGGGAACCGCCUACCUUCGGGGGUGGUCCGGAAACACUUCGAGCCCCUAGGCCAGCUGCUGAAGUGGGUCGAGUGUCUGUCCGCCAGCGGGGCCCAGUCGUUCGACCAGCUCAUCGAGAUCGUGUGUAGUCUCAAGACGCUCAACCCGGCCCAACUGCUCAAGGUCUCGAGGGACUAUCGCUUCGAGGUCGACGAGCCCAAGCUGUCGGAGGAGUGUCGCCAGUACCUCGUCCAGACCCAGCAGGACUGGGACCGGCGCCGGAUCCAACGGGUCUCCGAGCUCGAGCUGGUCGACCAACAACACUCCUCCUGCCCCUCCUCCCCGUCGAGUCCGACCAAGGGGACAACGGAGGCGAAGAAGGACGACGGAUUAGCCCAGGCGAUCGCGGCCAUCGACCGGGCCUUCGGGGGCGAAGAUGAGGAGGCCUAUGGGCGGUACGAGCCCCCGGUGGCGCCGGAGUGUCUCGGCGAGCUGCUCGACUCGCGCCAGAUGCUGCCCUUCGGCCUGCCCUCCUCGACGGAGGUCUUGCUCCGGUUCAGGAAAACCGUGCCCUUCGGAAGCCUCAAGACUUACCUGAUCCCGGAUGAGCCGAAGCCUGGCAAGGACGACCGGGCGGCUCAGAAGACGCCCCGCAUACCGGCCCCCGUCGCCUCCGGAUCCGUCGUCCCUAUCGUCCCCUCUCACGUCCUCAAACGCAUCGACCGGUGCUUGUUUAAGGCUAGCACGGCCGCCACUUGA